CUGCUACACGACCACCAUCCAUCCAACCAUCCGAUCUCUGCACUCCCAUCACACAGGGGGAUCAUCUGCAUCCUAAUGAUAAAGAAAUAAGGUCCAUCCGAUCAGCAUCAUCAUCCCUAUCCUCAUUGGAUCUUCAUCAUCAUCAUCAUCCUCGGAUCUGAUAACUAUUGUUAACAGCAUUGGAUGACCCCUGUCACUUAUUUGAAGAUAAUACCUGUCCUCAUUGGAUGAUUCCUGGCCUCAUCUGAAGAUCCUACCUGUCUUCAUUGGGUCAUCCUUGUCAGAUCAUCAUCAUCCCUGUCUUCAUUGCAUCCUCAUGUGAAGAUCAUCCCUGUCAUUCAUUGGGUCAUCCUUGUCAGAUCAUCAUCCCUGUCUUCAUUACUCCAUCCACAUCAUCCUUGCGGUCCCUCAUUGAGUCAUCCUUGUCCUUGUCAGAUAAUUAUCAUCAUCCCUGUCUUUGUCUGAUCAUCCCUAUCCUCAUUGCUUAAUCACUCCAUCCUCAUCAGAUCAUCGUCAUCCCUGUCCUCAUCGGAUAAUUGUCAUCCCUAUCCUCAUUGCUUUAUCACUCCAUCCUCAUCGUCAUCCCUGUCCUCAUCGGAUCACCGUCAUCCCUGUCCUCAUCGGAUCACCGUCAUCCCUGUCCUCAUCGGAUCACCGUCAUCCCUGUCCUCAUCGGAUCACCGUCAUCCCUGUUCUCAUUGCUUUAUCACUCCAUCCUCAUCCUCAUCAGAUCAUUGUCCUCAUCGGAUCAUCGUCAUCCCUGUCCUCAUCGGAUCACCGUCAUCCCUGUCCUCAUUGGAUCAUUGUCAUCCCUAUCCUCAUUGCUUUAUCACUCCAUCCUCAUCAGAUCAUUGUCCUCAUCGGAUCACCGUCAUCCCUGUCCUCAUCGGAUCAUCCUCGUAUCGCCAUCCCUGUCCUGAACACAGCGGGCUGUAUUGGAGUCUCAUUGGUCCUCUGCAUGUGGUCUCCCCUCCUGUAUUGGCCUGAAGAAUGGAGGAUGCAGAAGCCAGUCGGCCCUCUUUGGGGGGCCCCUCACCGCCUCCUCCUUUAUGGAACCCCAGGAUGUGUGAUCUCCUGUCCCGAGUCUGGGGGAAGAUAUUCUCAUGGUAUGUCCUGAAGACUCUUCUCAUGGGCCAGUUGCUGUCUCUCUUCAUAUGUGGGACUGCAGUGACCAGCCAGUAUUUGGCGGUGACGUAUAAGGUGGACACCCCGAUGCUGCAGAGCUUUAUUAACUAUUGCCUGCUGUUCAUGGUCUACACUGUCUGGCUGGCGUUUAGGUCAGGAGAGAACGGGAUUCUGUACAUAGUGAGACACAAGUGGUGGAAGUAUCUUCUUCUUGGUAUUGUUGAUGUGGAAGCCAACUACUGCAUUGUGAAAGCCUACCAGUUUACUACCCUCACUAGUGUCCAGCUUCUGGACUGUGUCGGGAUCCCUGUACUGAUGACUCUCUCUUGGUUUAUCCUUCACUCAAGAUACAAACUGAUCCAUUACAUUGCUGUUGUGGUCUGUCUGUUGGGAGUUGGCACCAUGGUCGGAGCAGAUUUUGUAUCUGGAAGAGAAAGCAACAAAGCCACUGACAUGUUGAUUGGAGACGCUCUGGUUAUCCUUGCAGCAUGCCUGUAUGCAGUUUCUAAUGUGACCGAGGAGUAUGUAGUGAAGAACCUGACCCGGGAGGAGUUCCUGGGAAUGUUGGGCCUCUUCGGAACGUUCGUCAGCGGGACACAGCUCAUGAUUGUUGAAUACAAUGCAAUUGGCAACAUCCAGUGGAAUUGGCAAGUGGGAUUGCUGUUUGCAGGUUUUGCUAUAUGCAUGUUCUGUCUGUACAGUGUGAUGCCACUUGUCAUAAAAGUCAGCAGUGCCACCUCCGUCAACCUGGGUAUCCUAACUGCAGACAUCUACAGUCUCUUCUUUGGCCUCUUUCUAUUUGGAUACACGUUUUCCGUUCUCUACAUUCUGGCGUUUGUUGUGUGUAUAGUGGGAUUUAUCAUGUACUGCAGUACGUCAUCCUUCAGCGCUGAUCCGUCACCAGAGAGGACUAAUGAAGGAGUUGAGAAUGGUGGUAUGAAACAGGAGGAGGCGUCACUUGAAUCUGUCACUCCUCUACAUCACUUACCAGAUGUUCUUUCCAUAGACCGCCGGGACUAAGUAUGGUCGCUUUUUAUAGAGUUUUUUUUUUACUCAGUUGGCCUUUUUUGUAAUUUUAAAGAGGAUGAACAAAUAUAUAUCUUUUUUUUUUUUUUUCCUUUAUGAUUUCAACUUUCUCAAGAGGGGAACCAGAGCCAGUCUCUGUGUCCUUUCACCCAAAUGAAGGGCGUUGCUGAAUCUUUACAAUAUGAUGGUUUUUGUUCUCUCACUCCAAAUACAAUCUGGAUACAACUGGAGCUCUGAAGUGAUUUUUGUUGAAGUAUUGAAUAUUCACAAGGGUGCCUUUUGGUUUUAAAAACCAUGAUUAUGAGAAGAUUAUGGACAUCAUAGUCCUCACUGGUGCAAAUGUCUGAAAUGAAAACUUUUGAAUCUGCAUCACAGACACCAAACGCAUUAAAAGCUGCACUAUGGAAUGAAAGUGUGAUUCUGAUUGGUGUCCACGAAGAUCUAUUGGUCAUUGUGGCUCAGCCUGAUGACGGAUGUCUGAAAAGAACGAUACCUCAGAUUUUGUAUGUUUGAUUGAAAUUCCCAUUUUUUUUUUUUUUAUGUGGGACUAUGGUCCAACUAUAAAAUCACAUAUGUGUUGUAUGCUGCCCAUGCCAGUAAGACAAGAUUUUGUAAAUACCUGUUGAUUCUGCCGGUAGAGCCAUUUGAUAGGCCCUUCUUUUUAUUGGGAUGACAACCCUGUUUCUUCAGCAGUGAAAUUACCGCAGUAUUGGCCGUUUGUUGCUGCUGUAGCUGCUUAGUUGCUGGCACUGUUGGUAGCCGAAUCGGCAAAUAGCUCUGCCCACAGCCCUUUAGGCCGUAAGCCGGCCGUAGAACGUUCCAAUCUCAGCUGGCUCAGCAGGGACUGUCUGAGAUUCUAAUUAUGCAUGGGCAGGCUGAUUGUACCUUACCAGAAUGUCCUAAUUUUCAUGUGAUUAUUGCUACUAGCAAUAAUCUCUGUGUGUUGUCCUGGCAGGGACGGCAUCCCUUGCUGGGAGAACACAAUAGCUUUGUGGGAGGGAUUCCUCCAUCGACCUUGACUGUUGAUGGAGGAAUCAAGCGAUUUUUUUUUUUUUUUUUUUUCCUGCAACCUGUGGUUGCACAAAAGAAAAUUGCCCCAUCUAUGGCCACUUUUAGAUUGACAUUACAUUGAUUAGUCCCUCCUAUACACUGUCUAGCACAGUGCAGGAACAAUCCAGUUUCCCAUUUGCAUCUACCAGUAAAACAAGUUAAAUCCAUUUCCUUAAAGCGGAGGUUCACCCUCAAACUGAACUUUCUAUCAAUCAUAUCUGAAGGCACAAUGAAUGAUUGUAGCGUUAUCAUUUUUUUCUCGAUCUGUACCCUUGCCUGUAUUCUGCAUGACUUCCGGGUCUUCUUCCCUGCGGGGCGUGGGCGUGUCGCUCCUUUUCCCCCCGACGACUCUAUGCGUAAUGGGAGCUGUGUGCAAGGUCUCCUGGGAGUGACAAUGGGGCGUGUAUCCUAACUGACGUCACCCGUUGUCAUGGUAAUGAUUGUAAUCAGGAAGUGUUGACGGCGAGGCUCACGCUGCUCACCGUCAACACAGCGCAUGCGCGAGAUCCUGCGGUGCAAGAUGGGGGCAUUGCGUCAAGGAAUCCAGGAAGUGUUUGCUUGUGGGAUUCAAAAUGCCCACAAGCAAGAUGGAAAAGGCCAGGACUAUUUUUUAUAAGUUAUUCUUUUUUUACGAAAACGGAGUGAACGGACGUACGAGCGGCUAGCAGGUGAGUAGUACCGUGCUAGCUAUAUUACCAUGCAUUGCAGAUUAAAAAAAAAAAAAAAGCAAAACCCGCGGAACCUCUGCUUUAAGUUGCACUGAAAAUGCCUGUUAAUCACUCCAAGUUGAAGAGAUGCUUUAGAUGUGUUUUUAUAUAGAUAAUUUGAUUCUGUUUAUAUUAAUUUAAAGUAUGUUGUAAACUCCAUUUCUACAGUUUUUUCCAGGAAGAAGCACAGAUGCAUUGACUGCUAGACUGUUAAGAGAACCUCACUGGAGGAGGUGUUAUAGCAAAUACAGGUGGUGCCAUCCUUUGCUUACCUGAGAACAUGCUUUAAAACUUUGAGUCAGAGUUGAAACAAGUAUGUGGUCAGGAAAGUCAGAGAAAAGAAAGAAGCCCUUAUUUGUAUACAUGUUCUGCAUCGGUACCUCAGAGGUUUAACAUGACGGCCAGGCAAUCAGGCUGGCCUACAAUGUGUUUUUCUAAAGACAGAUUUGCAUAAAAAUGAUUGCAUUAUAUAAUUUUAUCUUCCAAAGUCGAUCUUUUAGUUGUGGUUGUCGUGCUGAACAGGAUGACAACACUGCAGUGACUUCAUUGCUGGCCAUUCAACAUGGUCACCUGGAGGAUGAGCUGGCAGGAUCAGCAGUUAUUUAUAAAUGGAGUUAAACAUCACAAUGACGUAGAGUAGCACGGUUUGGAAUCCUUGGUUGUGAUCUAUGAGUAUUUUUUUGGGGGGGGUUAUAAUUUUACUUUAUACACCAGCGGAAGGAAAAAAUGGCAUGUACUGUAAAUGGUCCACGAGGACUCCGUUAAAAAGCACUCUUGUAGCAAAUCGACCCCCUACCUCCUUUUUUUUCCAUACAUCUAACUCCCUAGUAGGUGCUCAGUAUAACCUAUACUCAUUAAAGCAGGAGUUCACCCG